AUGGAGGGUCAAGUGACAAAAGCAGAUUAUAAGAGAGGAGGAGUUAAACAAGUUGGGUCAGUGUCUGAGUUGUUAGAAGGAAAGCAGGAAGGAGAUACAGUAAUUAAAGGAGAAGUUAGGAGCAUGCCACAGGAAGAACAAGGGAUCUGGGCAGUGCACCAUUUUGAAAACCUCAUACCAUUUGCCCUCAUGGCAGCAAUAAAGGUCAAGUUUAAGGAGAGUAUCAGAGGCAAGAGAUCUGUCUUGGACCCAUCUCCUGGUAGUCUAGCCGAUAUUGAGGAGAUGCUUAGGGCAGAUGUUCCCCUUUAUGGGACUGGGCCAGCUCAUUUCUCCUUUCAGUUUCCAACAGAUAAACUUCAAAUUGACGAAGUGAGCUGUGUCUUUCCAGCCAUGACAAUUACAGUUGCUGAGGCCAUGUUUGAAGAUGGUAGCGUUGUCUUCUUCACUGCUUUGUUUAUCAUCUACAUAUUCAUUGUUAUUGGGAAUCUAAUUGUGUUUUUUGCAGUCAGGAUGGAUACUCAUCUCCACAACCCCAUGUAUAAUUUCAUCAGCAUCUUCUCAUUUCUGGAGAUCUGGUAUACCACUGCCACAAUUCCCAAAAUGCUCUCCAACCUCAUCAGUAAGCAGAGGACCAUCUCCAUGAUUGGAUGCCUUUUGCAGAUGUACUUCUUCCAUUCACUGGGAAAUUCAGAGGGGAUUUUGCUGACUACCAUGGCCAUUGACAGGUAUGUAGCCAUCUGUAACCCUCUCCGUUACCCAACCAUCAUGACCCCCCGGCUGUGUGCUCAGCUCUCUGUGGGCUCCUGCAUAUUUGGCUUUCUUGUGCUGCUCCCAGAAACUGCAUGGAUUUCCACACUGCCCUUCUGUGGACCCAACCAAAUCCAUCAGAUCUUCUGUGACUUUGAACCUGUGCUACGUUUGGCUUGUACAGACACGUCCGUGAUUCUGGUUGAGGAUGUGGUUCAUGCUGUGACCAUCAUCUUUUCUGUCCUGAUUAUUACCCUCUCUUACAUCAAAAUCAUCACUGUAGUUCUGAGGAUUCCCUCUGUUGAAGGCCGCCAGAAGGCCUUUUCUACCUGUGCUGCCCAUCUUGGUGUCUUUCUGAUGUUUUAUGGCAGUGUGUCCCUCAUGUACCUGCGUUUCUCUGCCACUUUUCCACCGAUUUUGGACACUGCCAUUGCACUGAUGUUUGCAGUUCUUGCUCCCCUUUUCAACCCUAUCAUCUAUAGCUUGAGAAAUAAGGACAUGAAGAUUGCAAUCAAGAAGCUUCUCUGUCCUCAGAAGAUGCUUGCUGUAUCUACAGUUUAA